AUGCGAGGAAUUCUACAAUCUGAUCCGCCAGUAGUAUGUCCCGAACAAACACGCAGGAAUGUUGCCAGCGAAUGCGGACAAGAUGCUAAAUUAGAACGCUCGCCAGGUUGGAAUCUGGUACGAGCCGAGCGUUCUGAGAUAUGUAUUUUUGCUUACGUCGAGAAGCGAGAGAAACCGGAGGUUAGUAAGCCGAUCGACAAUACAUGUGAAGUGCACAAUAAGCCUACCUUUGCGAACUUGCGGAAGAACGAUUACUCCCACACAGAUGUGGUCAUGGAAUUAGAUCUGCUGCCAGGGGAGUCAAGAGGAUUCUGGAAGUACCAUGCACCUGGCAAGUGGUUUAAACAAGCUAAGUCUACAGCCAAGAUCAACAACGAAAGGACCACACUUCUCUUUGACUCCGACGCGGAGAUCUCAAUUGUGGAUUCUACCUUUGCUCGUAAGUCAGAGAAAGAGUGCGUUGGGAUCGGAGAGAACGCAUACAUGACAGAGGGACGUACCCUUAUCGAGAUCACGCUUGCCGGAGCAUACGUAUACUACUUCGACGCAUGGGUCGGUGACUUGACGGGUCAGGAGGCGAUCUUGGGGAUGGACUUCAUGGUCCCGGUAGGCAUCCGUCUCGAUCUGGCCGAUGGGUCAUUGUGCCUCCCAGACGAGGUACGCAUCCAGCUAUCUGGGCGUCGGCGGAUCUUCAGCGAAAACUCGAGACUGAUCAGGUUCGACCAACACGGUAAUGUUCUAGUGGCAGGAUUCGUGGAGAUCGCUUUCCGGAAAUCGCUGGCGGAUAAGCAGAAAUUGUGGGUCACCCGCGGAGAUCGAUGGGUCCCGACGACUAGGCCGGAGCAGUACCUACGGAUCACGAAUGAGUCAGAUCAACCAAUAACGCUGCAACGCGACACCCGUAUCGGAAUCUGGUUGGCGGGAGAUCACGUACCGCGGACCCCGAGAUACGUCUCGGUCGGAUCACGAAGAUAUGCAGAAUGGCAGAACCUGGCGUUCCAAGCCACCAUCGACGAAACACCGAUAGAGGACUCGAGCGAAGUGGUGGCAGAACCAUUGGUCGACAGACCGCAGUACGACGCACCAACAGAGAUCUCGAAGGAGGGACCGAAACCGCGGAAAGUGAUGUCAGUCCAACCAUCACCCAGUGUAGAGAUGACGAUCGAAGCCACGGCGGCAAGUUGCAGAUCACUAAAACCUGAACCGGAGAACGCAGAUCACGUCACUACGGAAGGCACGAGGGUUGGUCAGGAAAAGAUCGAGCCGAGAGACCAGGCAGGCGAACCAGAUCAGAAGAUCGGACCAGAGGAAGUGCUGGUGAAGCUGGACAGAGACGCCGACGACGGCAUGGAUGACGCAGUCGGCUACCACGAAGGCGGAGACAUCUUCCCUGAAGACAUCGAGAACCACAUGGCGGUACUGACGGAUGUCGAGACCACCACGAGAGAAGUUACGAUAGACGAUAUACGGGUGGAGGAUCCAGAUGCAACGCUGGAAGAGUGCGAACGGCUGCGCCGCAUCAUAUGGAAGCAGCGUCACAUCUUGAUCGGAUCCGGAAACGCAAUGUCCCCCGCAGCCAAUGAAGCGAUCUGCGAUAUUGAUGUCGGAAAUGCGAAACCUGUAGCCCAGUGCUGCCGAAGAGUAGCCCCACAAUUCCGUGAGAAGUUAUCCAUGCUCAUCAAGGGACUGCUGUCUGCGACGAUCAUCACUCCAUCAACCUCACCUUGGGCGUCACCAAUAGUGGUCAUUAUCAAGGCCAACGGCGUGGAUAUCCGCCUCUGCAUCGAUUACCAAGUGGUAAACAGCUUGACGAGGUUGAUGGUGUACCCGAUGCCGUUGAUCAAUGAUCUUCUCGAAGGCUUGGACAAGGUGCUUUGGUACUACUCCCUCGAUAUGGCGUGUGGAUUCUGGGUCAUGUCCAUGACGCCGCGGGCGAGACUGAUCUCAGCAUUCAUCACGCCAUUCGGUUUAUUCAAGUGGACAAGGAUGCCGUUUGAUCUGAAGAACGCUCCGCAGAUCUACCAGCGGAUCGUAGACAACGCCCUAUAUGGGCACAUGUGCAUCAAGCCCGGCCAAGACAAGACAGUAGAUUUGUUCGAGGAAGGGGAGCCAGAACCAGAACCCAAACCGUCGAUCUUGGGACGGCGAUCGUACGUCGACGACAUUCUCGUGACUGGAGACACGUGGGACAGCAUGUGUAACAAGGCCGAAAAGCUGCUAGAUGUAAGUGAUUGUUGGAACCUGUCGAUCAGUGUAGCUAAACGCUACUGGCGUAGGCGCAAAGUGACCUAUCUGGGCCACCAAGUGUGGACAGACGGGUUGGAGGCGAAGCCGAAAGACCUCGAAGCCUUCUCGAAUCUCCCGUUCCCCACCAAGCUGAAGUCGAUGCAGUCGUUCCUUGGGAGCCUGAAUUACUACAGGCGCUUCAUCGAUGACUUUGCAGUCUACGCAGCAAUCUUGUGUGAGCUUUUGGGAAAUUACUAUCAGAUCGCACGGUUGCAGUUGACUGGAGAGCCGGAGGAAGGGACGCAACCAGUGGACGAGGAACGCGAUCGCUGGACACGAGUAAUGAAUGCGUUCACCAUACUCAAAGCGAAGAUCAUCUCCACCCCGAUCUUGAAGCACUUGGAUCCGGGGCGGGCGCCAGUGAUCUCGGCGGCACUAAUGCAGGAACGCAGGAACAAGGACGGCGUGUAUUGGCCAGUGAUCUUCACCAGUCGGACGCUGAAGGCCAACGAGUUGAACUAUGGGAUCGUAGAUAAGGAGGUCCUGGCUCUUCUUCGCAUACGUCAGCUCCUCGCAGUUGGUCACCAGAUCGAUCAAGGUGCUAUCGCGUUUCUCCACGCUAGCCUGGCUCCUGAAGUCGAUUGGGAUAGACGGACGUUGGGCAGGUGGGCCGCAUUGUUGUCUGGCUGGACGAUGGAAAUUACGAAGUGUUCCAAAAGCGAAGAGGAAAUUCUAGGGGCGAUCGCUGUGAGUAUCACUCCUCGAACAGAAGUUGACGAGGACCUAAUCGCAAUAGCCCCGAAGAAGCAACCCCGGAAGAUGAUUGCCAUGAUUCCCCCAACCGUAGAACCGGAGGAGAGCCUGUUGGUGGCUCCCCCAACCGUAGAACCGGAGGAGAGCGUGUUGGUGGCGAAUUUUGAUGGCUCAGCGAGAGUGAAGCGUGCAGGAGGCGCAUACAGCGCGAUCCUCCGGAAACUCACCGAGUGGACGAUCCUCGAAGCGAUGUCCGAACACAUGCCAGACUUGACAGUGAACGAGGCAGAGUACAGGGGAUUGCUACUGUGUUUCGAUUUCCUCUCGACUCAAGCCAGGAGGCAAGUCGUGAUCUGUGGAGACUCCAACUUGGUGGUGCGCCAGAUGAGAGGCGAGAUCGACUGUAAGGCGCCAGGUCUGCAGCUGUUAUGCCAGAAGGCGUUGAACCAACUGCGAUCUUGGCCGAAGCACGAAUUCUUACACGUAAAGAUUGGAACCAAAGGCCGACAAGAUCGCCUUACAGCGUGA